CUGUCUUCACGCUGUGCCCGCACCGCAUUUGGUGCAGCAAGGUCAAACACCGUUCGCACUUUUGCAAUUUCUGCUCGUCAGCAGAAUGCCUCAAAGUCUGACCUUGACCAAUUGAAGAACCCUCCCAAGGGAAACCCCAUUGUCUCUGGUCGUGGUGCCCCAGAACCACCUUCAGACGAGUCUGCCAACUUGAAAGACAACUACAACGCUGCAUCAUAUCUUGGAACGACCAAGCGCCUACCAGAGUUUGCGCUCAACGACAAAGUAGUGUUGGUGACUGGUGCCGCACGUGGACUGGGAUUGGUGCAGGCCGAGGCCUUGCUUGAGGCUGGCGCAACCGUCUAUGCUCUGGACCGCCUUCCUGAACCCAGCGAGGACUUCUACCGCAUUCAAAGACGGGCAGCUGAAGAGCUCGGUACUACAUUCCACUAUCGCCAGAUCGAUGUUCGCGAUGUGCCGCAAUUGAAUGAGAUCAUUGAAGACAUUUCCAACAAGGAGGGUCGUAUGGAUGGACUCGUGGCUGCAGCAGGUAUCCAGCAAGAAACAACGGCGCUCGAGUACACAGCCAAGGAUGCGAACACCAUGUUCGAGGUCAACAUAACAGGAGUCUUCAUGACGGCACAGGCAGUGGCCAAGCAGAUGAUCAAGCAUGGAAACGGCGGAAGCAUGGCUUUCAUUGCAUCCAUGAGCGGCACUGUCGCCAACAGGGAAACCAACAGGNGACUGAUCUGCGCGGCAUACAACUCGAGCAAGGCAGGCGUGAUCCAAUUGGCAAGAAAUCUGGCAAGUGAGUGGGGCCAGCAUGGAAUUCGCGUCAACACCAUCUCGCCGGGAUACAUUGUGACGGCGAUGGUGGAGGCACUGUUUGUCAAGUACCNNCCGAGACGGCGCGAGUGGCCAACACAGAACAUGCUGGGAAAGCUGAGCAAGCCCGAAGAGUACCGUGGAGCAGCCGUGUUCCUGAUCAGCGAUGCCAGCUCGUUCAUGACGGGUAGCGAUAUGCGUAUUGAUGGUGGACACUGUGCUUGG